AUGCACAAAGCAGUCUCACCAGAAAAAUGUCGAUCAGAAAGAUGAUAAUUCUGAAAAACACUGUCCAGUGCGAGUGAAUCCUUGGCAUAUGAAGAAAGCUUUUAAAGUCAUGAAUGAGUUAAGAAGUCAAAAUUUGCUGUGCGAUGUGACAAUAGUUGCUGAAGAUAUGGAAAUUGCUGCUCACAGAGUGGUGCUGGCAGCCUGCAGUCCAUACUUCCAUGCCAUGUUUACAGGAGAGAUGAGUGAGAGCCGGGCAAAGAGAGUUCGAAUAAAGGAGGUGGAUGGCUGGACCCUCAAGAUGCUCAUCGAUUAUGUUUACACUGCAGAAAUUCACGUGACAGAAGAAAACGUACAGGUGCUUCUCCCAGCAGCUGGGCUUCUACAGUUGCAGGAUGUGAAGAAAACUUGCUGCGAUUUUUUGGAAUCCCAGCUCCAUCCCAUCAACUGUUUGGGAAUCCGGGCUUUUGCUGAUAUGCACGCAUGCACAGACCUGCUGAACAAGGCCAAUACCUAUGCAGAACAGCAUUUUUCUGAUGUCGUACUGAGUGAAGAAUUCCUCAAUCUAGGCAUAGAACAAGUGUGCGGUUUAAUUGCAAGUGACAAACUUACCAUUGCCUCAGAAGAGAAGGUCUUUGAAGCAGUGAUAUCUUGGGUAAAUCACGACAAAGAUGUCAGACAGGAACUUAUGGCCCGGCUGAUGGAGCACGUGCGCUUGCCUCUGCUUCCUCGAGAAUAUUUAGUUCAGAGAGUUGAAGAGGAGACGCUGGUUAAGAACAGCAGUGCGUGUAAAGAUUACCUCAUCGAAGCCAUGAAGUAUCAUUUGUUACCUUUGGAGCAGCGGGCGCUAAUGAAGACUGCGCGGACUCGAUUAAGAACCCCUAUAAGCCUUCCCAAACUGAUGGUUGUGGUGGGAGGCCAAGCUCCAAAGGCUAUCCGCAGCGUGGAGUGCUAUGACUUCAAAGAGGAACGAUGGCACCAAGUGGCUGAACUGCCUUCCAGGAGAUGCAGAGCAGGUAUGGUCUACAUGGCUGGCCUGGUUUUUGCCGUUGGAGGUUUUAAUGGUUCCUUAAGAGUUCGCACGGUAGAUUCUUAUGAUCCAAUAAAGGAUCAGUGGACCAGUGUUGCUAAUAUGCAAGAUCGGAGAAGCACUUUAGGAGCUGCUGUAUUAAACGGACUGUUGUAUGCUGUGGGAGGAUUUGAUGGAAGCACAGGUUUAUCAUCGGUUGAAGCAUAUAACAUGAAGGCUAAUGAGUGGUUUCAUGUGGCACCAAUGAACACCAGGAGGAGUAGUGUUGGUGUAGGGGUUGUUGGAGGUCUGCUGUAUGCUGUAGGUGGCUAUGAUGGGGCAUCGCGGCAGUGUCUUAGUACAGUAGAAUGCUAUAACUCUGGAACAAAUGAGUGGACCUACAUUGCAGAAAUGAGUACAAGGCGCAGCGGAGCAGGUGUUGGUGUGUUAAACAACCUAUUGUACGCCGUAGGCGGUCACGAUGGUCCAUUGGUAAGAAAAAGUGUGGAAGUGUAUGAUCCUGCCGGUAACUCGUGGAGGCAAGUUGCAGAUAUGAACAUGUGCAGGAGAAAUGCAGGCGUCUGUGCUGUUAAUGGGUUAUUAUAUGUCGUCGGCGGUGAUGACGGCUCCUGUAAUUUGGCAUCGGUGGAAUAUUAUAACCCAACAACCGAUAAAUGGACAGUCGUGUCAUCUUGUAUGAGCACGGGGCGAAGUUAUGCAGGUGUUACAGUUAUUGAUAAACCGUUAUGAACACAAAAAGGAGUUCAGUGGAUUGAUACACUAGAAGCAAGCUUCAGCAAGUAUUUUUGAAGUGACUGAGAAUCUAGCACUUCUCUACUUGAAGCUGCACUUUGAGUCACAGCAGAAGACAAGAUCGUCUGCUAUUAAAGACACCAGAUUCUGAAGAUUAUUCUAGAUAGAAGCAAGUGCGUAGGAUUUUUCUGCAACGAGCAGCAGCUGACUGGAUUUUUAAUAAGACCUGAGAACUACAGUAUUUAUUUGCGAAGUCUUCAGACGAAAAUUGCUUUCAAAGGACCAAUUGAUAUCCGACGCGAUCGCCUGAGGAUUGUUUUGUGAAGAAGGCUGAAGUGAUGUGUUCUGGUAAAAGUAAAUUUUGUCUAUUUUUCUUUCCGGAAAAUAUGUAUAUUCAUGAACUGUACAUUUUUGAAUGGGUAUUUAAACCUACAUCAGUAGUACAAACUGAGACGGGGAUAUGCCUGUUUGCUUUUAUAAAAAUAUCUUUGGUUACAUGGAUACAUAAUAAACAGUGUGCAGAUAUGUGUAUAGGUUGCUUUCCUUUAAAAAUGUUUAAAAGUUGAUUACACUAUUUAUAAUUGGCAGAGUACUUUGAAUUAUGCCAGUACUACGUUGUAAAACAGAGUUGUAUUUUUUGAUAUUUAACAAUGCUUAACACUUAAAUGCCACUUCCGAAGGAUAAAAAUGGUAUGCACAUUUGGCCAGGUGUAAUAUGUCAAAAUGUUUCUUAGAGAAAAGAUCAAUUAUGCUCACUUGUUUUUUCAUUUAAUCUUGGUCAUGUCUUCUUAAGUUUUCAUCAAAAGGUGACUAUUUGGCAUGAACAUAACUGCGGGUUUACGAUGAAUAUAUUGAAUGUACGGAACCAAACAGAACUUGCAUGGUUUUAUGAAUUCUUUCUGUGUAUAAAUUUAGCUGCUAUUUACCGAGGAAAGAUCUUUCUGUGUGUGUGGCUAUAUUUGUGGAUCGAAUAUCACUUUUUUUCUGGGAAAAUUCUCAGAACUUCCCUUUUAAAAAUGACCAAAACUCUUGUCAUUCUCGAGCUGUUAUCUUUGAAUAAAAGUUUGUAUAUUACUUGUU